AUGAGGGUCCUGGCCUGCCUCCUCGCAGCACUGGUGGGGAUCCAGGCCGUGGAGCAGCUGCGCCUGGCGGAUGGCCCCCACGAGUGUGCCGGCCGGUUGGAAGUGUGGCACGCAGGGCGCUGGGGCACAGUGUGUGACGAUGGCUGGGACCUGCGGGACGCCGCUGUGGCCUGCCGGGAGCUGGGCUGUGGGGGCGCACUGGCCGCCCCCGGAGGCGCCUUCUUCGGCGAGGGGACCGGCCCCGUGUGGCUCAGCGAGCUGGCCUGCCGCGGGAGUGAGGGGCAGCUGGGCCUGUGUCCACACCGAGGCUGGAAGGCCCACAUCUGCUCUCAUGAGGAGGAUGCCGGGGUGGUCUGUGCAGGCCAGCGUGUGACUACAAAUUCCCGGGAUGACUCCUCUCCGCUCGUGGAUGGCAGCCCGUGGCUGGGGCUGUCUGGGGAGGUCAGCGCGGGGUCAGAGGUGCCUCCUGUGACGCUGGCUCCCCGUGCGGCAGGGAACCCCCAGAACAGUGGGGGUCCCCGGAAGAAGAGUCCUCGGCCACCCAAGCAGGCUAAGUCCACAAGGGCUCCUGUGCUGGCCACCGGGUCCCCCCGUCAAGAGCGGCUGCGCCUGGUCUCGGGUACCCACGGCUGUGCGGGCCGGCUGGAGGUGUGGCACGCAGGGCGCUGGGGCACAGUGUGUGACGAUGGCUGGGACCUGCGGGAUGCAGCCGUGGCCUGCCGGGAGCUGGGCUGUGGCGGAGCGCUGGCCGCCCCUGGAGGUGCCCGAUUCGGGCCGGGCUCAGGGCCCGUGUGGAUGGACGACGUGGGCUGUGGAGGCGGAGAGCAGGCCCUCCGAGACUGUCCCCGCAGCCCCUGGGGCCGGAGCAACUGUGACCACAGUGAGGACGCAGGGCUGGUCUGCACGGGUCCGGCCCCCCGGCUGCGCCUGGCCGAUGGCCCCCACGGUUGCGCCGGCCGUCUGGAGGUGUGGCAUGCAGGGCACUGGGGCACAGUGUGCGACGACGCCUGGGACCUGCGGGAUGCCGCCGUGGCCUGCCGGGAGCUGGGGUGUGGGGGAGCUCUGGCCGCCCCUGGAGGCGCCUUCUUUGGGGAGGGCACAGGGCCCAUCCUCCUGGACGAUCUCCGAUGCCGCGGCAACGAGACAGCCUUGAGGUUCUGCCCAGCACGCACAUGGGGCCAGCACGACUGUCACCACCGGGAGGACGCAGGGGCCGUGUGUGACGGCAUGCCUCUGGGCUAUGUGACCCCCACACUCCCUGGCCUGGGCAACAUUUCAACCUCCAAGCCUCUGCCCCCCACCAUGGCCCGGACCCAGUGGACUGCAGCCAUCUCCCCUCCGCCAGCCUCCCCGACGUCUCCUCCUGAAUCUGGACCAGACACUGGGUCGCCCCACCUGCGCCUGGUGGCUGGACCCAGCAGAUGCUCCGGCCGGCUGGAGGUGUGGCACGCCGGGCGAUGGGGGACAGUGUGCGAUGACAGCUGGGACCUGCGAGACUCGACCGUGGUGUGCCGUGAGCUGGGCUGUGGCGGGGCUCGGCAGCCAGACCCCCCAGCCGGCCGCUUCGGCUGGGGUGCUGGCCCCAUCUGGCUGGACGACGUCGCCUGUGUGGGCACCGAGGCCUCGCUUUCCGACUGUCCCGCCCCUCCCUGGGGCAAGCACAACUGUGCGCACAAUGAGGAUGUCGGGGUCACCUGUACAGGAACCCCUGGCCUGGACUCCGUGUCGGAUCCGUUCAGCUGGAGCUGGGUCCCUGAACUAGAUAGAGAUCGGGACUCCUGGCUCCCAGGAGGACUGACCACCAAGCCCCCUGCAAGGUUGACCCCCAAAGCCCCCGAGAAAGGCACCACUAAGUCCCCACGGAAACCCCCCAAGAGCACUAAGAAGUGGGUGACCAAGAACCCGAGACGGCCAACUACUUUGCCCCCUGUGCUGCCCACCACGAAACCCCCCCAGCGCUCACGGACCUCCACAGCCCCGGCUGCUGAGGCCUCACGAAGAUCACCCUCUGAUUCUACCACGAUGCGGACCACCAAGGCCUCCCAUAGACUGACCUCGUAUGCCCCCACAACGCUUCCAUCACAGGCUUCCCAAGAACUGACCUCCGAGGCCAUGGAGAGCCUGACCACUCAGGGCCCCCCCGAGAUGACACCGCAGACCUCCAUGGAGCCGGCCUCCGACACCCCCACAGAGUCCCCCGAGGACUCCACCCUGCCUCCCGCUGGCACCACCACUGUGGAAUCAGGCCAGUUCUGGGUUCGUCUGGCUGAUGGGCCCAACCGGUGCGCCGGCCGGCUGGAAGUGUGGCAUGCUGGACGCUGGGGGACAGUGUGUGAUGACAGCUGGGACCUCCGGGAUGCCACUGUGGCCUGCUGGGAGCUGGGCUGCGGCAAGGUCCGACCCCGGGUGGGCAAGACCCACUAUGGCCCGGGGACCGGACCCAUCUGGUUGGAUGACAUGGGCUGUAAGGGCCACGAGGCAUCGCUGAGUGACUGCCCCGCUGGGGCCUGGGGAACCCACAACUGCGACCAUGAGGAAGACGUGGGGCUCACCUGCACUGGUUACACAGAAGAUGAGGACUAUCCCCCCUGGACCUGGGACCCCCACUCUGGAGAGGACCUGGCCAAAGGGACCACUCCUAUGGGAACACGUGAGCCGACCCUGUCCUGGGACACCACCAGAAGUCCAGGGGUGCCCUCAGUGACGAGGCGCCUUUCAGUCACAGGUGAAAAGGAUGGUUAUCAACAUUCCUGGACUCAAGACACACCUUCUAGCAGAGAUCUGGCGGGAGGGACGCCCACCACAGCUAUACCUGGACUCACCCUCACCACAGGCGCCCCUGGGAGCCCAGGCCACCCCUUCCCAAUGCCCAGGGUCCGUGUGGACACAGGUUCCACGAGGAAGCCGUGGCCAGAUCGCAGGGUGCGGCCCACUGCAGCCAGGACGGCGGCCCCCACUCCUUCCACAGCUCUCAGCUCCUCCCUGGGCCUCCCAGGUCCAGCGCUGACCCCUGACUCUGCCCCUCGGGGGACCCCUGAGCCUUCAGCAGCUGUCACCUCCCACCCUCCAGGCCCCUCACUGGCCGUCUCAGACCCCCCUGACCUCACCUGGACGACUCCUGAGCUUGCUUGGACCACCACCACCACGGAUGCCACUGUGGUUUCAGACCUGACCCCAGAGCUCAGACCCACCCCUCCCCCCACCUUGCCCAAAGAGCUGACUUCUGACCCGGCCACUCCUGCCCAGGUGGUCAGCUUGCCCCCCACCUCAGAGCCCCCCCUAGAAUCUUAUACACCAGGAGACGUGGACACAGCUUCACUCCAGGACGUAGCCUCACAACCUUCUGGACCCCCAGAUCUCUCCACAAACCUUCACUCCACGACUCCUCCCCACAUUACAGCCCCUCAAACCACCACUCACUCCACCAUGACCUCUCACUCCACCAAGACCCCUUACCCCACCACUCACCCUACCACGACUCCUCCCCCCACCACAACCUCUCCCCCCAAAACUCCCCGUACCAUGACCCCUCUCCCCACCACUCACCCUACCACGACUCCUCCCCCCACCACAACCUCUCCCCCCAAAACUCCCCGCACCACAACCCCUCUCCCCACCACGACCCCUCACUCUACCACUUACCCCACCACUUAUCCCAUCACAACCCCACACCCCACCAUGACCUCUCACUUCACCACAACCCCUCAUCCCACCACAACCCCUCAGCCCACCACAACCCCUCAGUCCACCACGACUGCUCUUCCCACUCCCACUUCUGACCCCUCUACAACCCCUAUGACCACUACGAAGUCCCCUCCAACCUCCUUGGAGACAGAGCCUCCCUCUCCCACUCCAGUCCUAAAUGUCAAAGCUAUCCCAUUCCCCCAGCUGACCUCUGUAGACGUCCCUCACCUCUCCACAUCCCAGAUGCAUGGCCUUGAGCCUUUCCCAGCCUCAGAGUCCAGCUUCUCCAGGCCUUCCCCAGCUCCAAGCAUGGAUCCACUGUCCACUGAGGACCUACCCAGAGGCCAGAAUGCAGAACGAACCUCCCCACCUCUGCAGACCCCAGGAUCAGCCUCUGAUUCUCAGCCUCUGAUCUCACCUGUAGCCUCCCCAUUGGAUCAGCCUCCCCCUGACCACAUGUCCAUAGGGCAUACCCCUAGUGAGAGCCCAGGCCGCCUUGGCCCGUGUGUGACAUCAACACCACCAGUAAGAGUCAUGGCUUGUGAGCCACCCGCCCUCGUGGAGCUGGUGGCCGCUGUGAGGGACGUGGGGGUCCAGCUGCAGAAGCUGACCCAGGCCCUGGAGCAGGACCGGCAAGAGCGCCAAGCCCUGAAUCUGGGGCUGACCCAGAUGGUAGAGGCCACUCGUGGCCUGGGGCAGCUGGGUGAGGCUGUGAGGAGAUUGGCAGAGAUGGCCUGGGUCCCCAGCACACCCUCACCAAUCCCCACCACCCAGGAGGAGAAGGAGGAGGAGGAGGAGAGACCUCUGAGGGGGGAUGUGUGA